GAACAGAAGCCAAUCGCUCUGCCAGGAGCUAGGGAGGGGGCGGGGCAUUGGAGUGCCGUGGGAGGAGAGUCGCAGGGAGGCACCUGAAUAGUGGGAAGUACGGAGUCGGCUUCAGGGACAGCGAAUCAUCUGACUCGCCCCGGGCUACUGAGCGUAGGGCAGGAAGGAAGACACGGAAAAGGUGGGAUAGAUUCUCCUGCGGCUUAGCACACACCCAUUCCUGGCGAGUACGCAGGCGCAGAUGGAGGAUGCGGGUUGGCUCGUGCGGAAAAGCUGCCCUGCUCUCGGAGCCAAUGCUGUCGCGCCCGGGGGGUCGGGUCCGGGUCCCAUUGGCCGGCGAGCCGUGGGGCGCGCGCCUUUCGUCCUUCUGCCGGGAGGUUCGCGGGCUGUCCCCGGUAGCCGCGCGCCAUGGAGCCCGGGCCCAUUGCGCGUUUCGGACCUCGACUGGGCAUCACGGACCCCUCUAUCCUAAGGAAAGCUGAAGAGUACUCGCGACUGUCCCAAGUGAAGUGUACUGGAUUGUCUGCUCAUACAACAGAAACAAGUAAUGCAAUCAUGUGUCUGGACCUUGCUGCCACCACUAUGAGAUGGCCUUUAGACAGAACUUACUUAGUUAAACUUUCUGGUUUGAACAAGAAGAUGUAUCAAAGCUGUCUUAAGUCUUUUGAGUGUUUGCUGGGCUUGAAUUCAAAUGUUGGAAUAAAAGACUUAGCAGUACAGUUUAACUGCGUGGAGGCUGUAAACAUUGCUUCAAAGAUCCUACAGAGGUACGAAGCCAGCCUUUCCCAGAUACAGAAAGUAGAUCUAGAUUUGUCCAAGCCCCUUUUCACGACAGCUACACUGUUUUCAGCAUGCAGGGUCCUAAAGAUAAAAGUAAAUAAAGACAAAAUGGUGGCCACAUGUGGUGUAAAGAAAGCUGUUUUUGAUCGACUCUGUAAACAGUUGGAAAAGUUUGAACAGCAAGUUAAGGGAGAACCUAGCAGUUCAACUUCUCCACCAGCCAAAAGACAGAAAAUUAUAGUUGAACAUUCCAAGAAAGAAAUAGAGGAAGAAGCAGAGUCUCUAUGUAAGCAGCAGCAAAGUGAAGAUUUAAAACAAGAUUAUGAAGAGUGGAAAAGAAAAAUUUUAGAAAAUGCUGCUAAAGCACAAAAGAAGUGAUUUCAGUUUCCAGAAAGCACCUGCCUCCAACCAUGACUCUUAUCCCCAGUGAGCCUUGAUGGGUCAUUAGCAUUUGCUCUUGAGCAAGAAUUCUGAAAGCGCUACCUUGAUAUGCUUGGGGUUCUUUAUCCUGGGCAGUACCAAACAUGUUAUGUUAAGGAAAACCCUUUCACCUCUUCUCUGGGUUUCCAUAUUUUGGUGAGGUUACUUACAGAAGGUAACACAGAGGUCACAUGUAAGGCAGUGGGACCUAGCUCCUGAUGUUGGAAAUAAGCUGACACAAUCAACCAUGGUGUCAUUUGGCAUAUAGCUUCCACUUACCCACCAGGCGUGUGUAUUCUCUUCCAAAAGAGUCUAAGGAAACUUAGUACUCUAGUUUGUACUUUUGAUAAUACGCUAAUCAGGGGUGGGGAACCUGCAGCCUCCUAGGCCACUUCCCCACCCAUGCAGUCAUUUUGAAGCAAUACAAAUGAAUUUUCAUACUAUUUGAUGCCUGCUUUUAAUUGUUUUUGCAGUUUUUUUAGAAUCAUAGAAUCUUUCAGUUUAAAUAAAAUACUGAAGCCCAAGAUAAUAAAUUUUAUUUCUGUGUCCA